GGAUUCGGUCGAUGUUCGGUCGGGUUCUUCUUCUUCUUCUUCUUCGAACGAGUGGCUUGUGGUGGCAUCGAGUCCCACAUUUUUUAUACCCUCAUCGUCCCCACCUCCGGGCCUCUGAGGGCUCACCACAUACUUAUAUUCUCCAGAAUCUUCUCUCACUUUCUGGCCACAAUCGGAUUUGUCCUCCCAAAGGACGAAGCAGCCACUCCUGCUAUAGAGAAGGAUCGCCCACAAUUUGGUAGUCAGACUACUACCGACACCCCCUGCUUCUUCCUAUGAACACCUUCUAAGUUUCAAUGCAUCUCUCUCACUCUAUGUGUAUAUUUGUUUGUGUAUCAUGCAAAUAUACAGAUAGGAGGCUGGGAUUGUUCUGCUGCGUUUUGUUGUUGGACUUGGUGGGGUGUCUGUAAUAAGGAAGGAGAAUGGAUCACCCGCUGCUGGGGUCGUUGUUGAGGGGCCGGCGGCUGGAGAGCUGCCUCGAGGCGAAGGUGCGGUCGGUGGAGGAGCACGAGGAGGCGGCGGUGAGGCGGCCGGAGAAGGCCGACGACGGGUGGGUGAGCGUCGCCGUGUCAGGCGCCCGGGUUGUCGCCUGCUUCCUGACGAUGAUGGUGACGACGGCGGUGUGGGCGGGCAUCAUGCUCCUGCUGCUGCCGUGGCCCUACGAGAGGAUCCGCCAGGGCAACCUGUAUGGGCACGUCACCGGCCGAUUGAUGAUGUGGAUUCUGGGAAAUCCCAUAAAGAUACAAGGAUCCGAGUUCUCUACCACGAGGGCCAUCUAUAUCUGUAAUCAUGCGUCUCCCAUCGACAUCUUUCUGGUAAUGUGGCUGACGCCCAUCGGCACUGUAGGCAUAGCCAAAAAAGAGAUUAUAUGGUAUCCACUGUUCGGUCAGCUGUAUGUGUUGGCGAAGCAUCUCCGCAUCGACCGCUCCAACCCCGCUGCUGCCGUCGAAUCACUGAAAGAGGCUGCUCGUGCAGUAAGGAACAACGACUUGUCGCUCGUCAUUUUCCCGGAGGGCACUCGAUCCAGAUCAGGGAGGCUUCUUCCCUUUAAGAAGGGUUUCGUGCACAUCGCACUGCAGACGCGGUUGCCGAUAGUUCCGAUGGUACUCACCGGCACACAUCUAGCUUGGAGGAAGGAUAGCUUGAGGGUGAGACCGGCACCGAUCACGGUGAAGUACCUUCCGCCCAUAAAGACAGAUGAGUGGGAGAAGGACAAGAUGAAUGAGUACAUAGAAAUGAUACACUCGUUGUAUGUCCAACACUUGCCUGAGGCACAGAAGCCAUCGGCGUAGGAGACGGGUAGAAUUGUGUGCUCUUUAUUACACCUUCGAGAUGACGUGGUUAUAGAUGAUUGUAAUUGACAUGCUCUCGUUCGCUGUGGGGUGUCUCACACUUCCAAUCUGCACUCAGUAGGAAGAAUCUAAGUAGCUCGAGAGUCGGUCGAAUGAAAUAGAGAUGCGACAAUCAAUUAAUAAACCUUUCCUGCUCAUCUUUUUUGUAAGACUUUAAAUUGACUGAAAUAGGUGUGUAUGCAUAAGGACCAGUGAAUCUUAAA